UAAUUAUUCCUCACCAAGUCAACUCACAUACAAAUUAACCUAAUCAAUCCACAACCAUGGCAGCCACACUUGUUCCUUUACUUAGUGUUAUUUUCUCUUUGUUUAUCCAGAAUUCAAAUGCAUUAAGUGCUAAUUACUAUCUUCAAACAUGCCCCCAGGCUGAGUCAAUCAUCACCAAAGCUGUGAGGAGGGCCAUAAUCAAUGACAAAACAGCUCCAGCAGCUCUACUCAGAAUGCACUUCCAUGACUGCUUCGUUACAGGGUGUGAUGGUUCGGUGCUGCUGGAUUCUAAGGGAAAGAAGAAAGCAGAAAAAGAUGGACCUCCAAACAUUUCAUUACAUGCAUAUUAUGUGAUUGAUAAUGCCAAGAGGGAUCUGGAGAAGAUGUGCCCUGGUGUUGUCUCAUGUGCUGACAUUUUGGCUGUUGCUGCUAGGGAUGCUGUUGCACUUUCUGGAGGUCCAACCUGGGAUGUGCCUAAAGGGAGGAAAGAUGGAAGAGUUUCAAGAGCAAAUGAUUCAUUGCAAUUACCAUUUCCCACUUUCAACAUUUCUCAAUUACAGCAAAGCUUCUCACAGAGAGGCCUCUCCUUGGAUGAUUUAGUGGCACUCUCAGGUGGGCACACACUUGGUUUCUCCCAUUGUUCAUCCUUCCAGAACAGAAUUCACAAGUUCAGCAAUGUGAGCGACGUGGACCCAUCGAUGAACCCAUCGUUUGCAGCCAGUCUGAGGCAGAUUUGCCCCAUGCACAACAAGGUGAAGAAUGCUGGGGCCAAUCUGGACUUUUCUCCAACUGCAUUUGACAAUACUUAUUACAAGUUGCUGCUUAAAGGGAAGAGCCUUUUUUCCUCCGACCAGGCUCUUGUUGCUACUUCCAGGACAAAGGCAUUAGUCGCCAAAUUCGCCACCUAUGAGAAGGACUUCUUUCAUGCCUUCGCCAAGUCUAUGAUCAAGAUGAGCAGCAUUAACGGUGCUGGAACUGAGAUCAGAUUCAACUGUAGAUCUCUUAAUUAAUUUAAUUAGGUGAUUUGCUGUUUGCGGCCAACCACCAUACAUAUUUGAUUGUUAUUUGUGUCUUUUAGAAGCAAAAUUUGUUGUUUCUCUUUUUUAGAAAGAGAAAAGAAAAAUGUAGUAAAAUUCAGAGUGGAAAAGUGUGAUCUCUGUUUACAUUUUGCGGAUUGUAUUUGUAACUUCAUUAAAUUGUGAUUGUUGUUCUCCAUUUCA